GAACACUCUCUGAAUCUUUCAUUGCCACCACCGGACCACCAUGACUCAACCACCACCGCCACAAUCAAAAUACAUAAUCUCCGCCAUAGAAGCUACAUCAAUGGCUGAAUCACAAAACCUCACCAUCCCUCAGCUCCUACCAUCACUUGUCAAAUCAGCCCAAAAUCUCGCCGUCCCAUCCAUUUCCAAAUUCCCCGUCGGCGCCGUCGGCUUAGACUCAGACGGCCGUAUCUUUCUUGGCGCCAAUAUGGAAUUCCAUGGUCUCCCACUUCACCAUACCAUCCAUGCCGAACAGUUUCUUAUUACCAACCUCGCCGCACACGGCGGCGGCCCUAAGCUGCUUUACGUCGCUGUCUCCGCCGCCCCUUGUGGACAUUGCCGCCAAUUUUUUCAAGAACUCCGGGGAAUCUCCGAAACCCAGAUUGUAAUCACUGAUAAAGAUCAAGAAGACCAUGUUUAUAAGCCCAUUUUAUCCAUUUUGCCUGACCCAUUUGGUCCUUAUGAUUUGUUAGAUAAAGAAACGCCAUUAAUUCUUGAAAAACAUGAUAAUCAAAUUUUUCUUAAAGAUCAAAACUUUAUCGUCCAAAAUGAAAAAACACCGGAUUUAUCAAAUGGGGUUUAUGAGUUGAUUAUUAAAAACCAGGAGUCUUUGAAAAAAGAGGCAUUUGCGGCGGCGCGUGAGUCACACGCGCCGUACAGUGGUUGUCCGUCAGGUGUGGCAUUGAUGGAUAGUGAAGGGAGAGUGUAUAAAGGUUCGUAUAUGGAGUCUGCGGCGCAUAACCCGAGUAUGAUGCCGUUACAGGCGGCGUUGGUGGGGUAUAUGGUGGCCGGAGGUGGUGGUGGUUAUGAGAGGAUAGUAGCGGCGGUGUUGGUGGAGAAGGAAGGGGAAGGAGUGUUGGUGAGGCAAGAGGAGACGGCUAGAUUGCUAUUGAAACACAUUUCACCAAAAUGUGAUUUCCAAGUUCUUCAUUGUGAUUGAAUAUUAUUCAUAUCAACAUCCAAUUUAAGUCAAAAUACUAUUGUGUUUAUAAACUAGAAAUGUAGCAUAUAUCCUUUAAAAUAUGA